GACUAACUUAGUUUGUUCAGAUAAGUCAGAUGAAACCCAAAGUCUGUGUGCUUUAUUUUUUAAAACGUACGGAAAUAAAGCUAAUAAGUUUUAAGGGAUUUAUAAAAUAUAUAAUAUCUGUUCUUAUUUUGUAUUUAUAUUAUUUAUGUAAAUAUAGAUGUCCGGGAUCUGCGUUUUGUUGUAAUUACGGUGCAUGUGUAAGUAAAAAUUCAAAAUGUAAUGGUAAGUACGAUUGUGUCGAUGGAUCAGAUGAAAAAUUACCUGAAUGUAAAAAAUUAGACUUAAGUAUUUCUUCAAGCCCUACAAGACCGCAACAGACUCAAGGAACCAGUCAGGCUAAAUACAUGUAAGUAAUUGAUUUUCAUUUCUAAAUUGUAAAACUGUUUGAUUAGAAUAUAUUUAUAUAUUUAAUGAUUUGCAUCCUUUCAUAGGAUUUGUAUAAUAUUCAUAAUAAUUAAUUAUGUGACUUGGCGCGACAUGAGAGUAAGUAACAGCCGCUACCACUAAUUCCUGGAUGUAUGAUCACCCGGGUUCAUAGUGGCAAAAACCUUGUCACGCAUAGGUAUCUACACACGUACCAACCAACCGUUCCAACCCCUACAAGAGCUAUAAUAGCCAUAUGUUGUUUUUUUGUGUGGUCAAUUUCAAAACAAUUGUCAAUGCAAAGCGCCACAUCACAAAUUGGACAAUAGUUAAACUGUAUAAGAAUAAAUGGCUGAUACACCUAUUUGGUGUGUUAUUGAGUAUGAUGGUGGUGGUGUACAAAUUGAACCUAAAAGUUGGACGGACACUGGGUCAUCAGGAACCAGCUAUUGGCCCAAACGAGGAGUUUUUAAUUCAGACCUACAAUACCUUAAUGCAGUAAAACAUAAUACAAGUCCUGAAAUAACUUGGCCAGACUGUAAGACAUCUACACUGGGAUUCUAUGAUGACUUCGAAGAUGCCAAACGUAAACUAAAAAAAUCUGAAGUCAAUGCAGACCUUAACACAGAUGUGGAAAGGGGAAAAAAAGCCGAAAAAAGUGGAAGAAAAAAAAAACAUUUGUUAGUUCUAGUGACAAUCCUGAACCUUAAGUAACGCCCGCUAUUAAAAUAAAACUAUUUCCUAAACCACAACAACCAAGUACAUUGCCACAAAGUUUAUAUUUAAAUGAAUCUGCAUUGCAUUUUCCUGAAAAAUUACGCUCUCACAGAAUCCCUUUCCAAAUUUUCCGUAUCAACUACAUCAUUUACCACAUAGUAAAUAUUAUAAAUAAUAUAAUUAUUCGAUUUGAUUUAAAAGUACACAACAAUAGCAAAUAGAUUAAAUACAGUAAUUUUAUAAUAUACAUUGCCUUUGCGAUUCUUUGACCGGUCCACUCCCAUCCAGCCACUAUUACACAAAUAACAAUUUAUAAUAAUAUCGACAUCAUGAAUUCACACGCAUCUUUGAGUUGCUUGCUGGCCGUCAUAGCCAACUUCAUCCCUGAGGCGGCCGUGAGCGGCGCCCGCAUUGUGUCACGUCUGGCCAUAAUGGCUUACCGCAAUUCGAACUUGUUGUUCGUCCUCAAAAAAGCCGUCAGCGCCGGAUCCAAAAUCACCGAUCCAAUUACAUUUGUGAUAAUAAUUCCACCGAUUAAGAUUACCGCUGGCGACAGCGUUAUGGAAAUCCAGUGCUGUGAACCCAAUGUUAUCUUCACCAACGAAGAGAGACACAUGUUUUGCCAGUCAAUGGACGACCACAUGUUACGCACGGUGUACCGGUGUCACGAUGUCACGCUAUACGAAGACGGCAACCCCGAAAACGUGACAGUGGUGUACUGGACGUUGGUCAAGACGGCGUGGUACCAGCUCACGUUCCUGGCCCUGACCAUAUUGCCGUUCUGUUUAAUGGUGAUAUCCGCACUAGUAUACCACCUCUCAGAAAGCUUCGAGCACAGCCAAUGGGUCGAAAACCUUACGAAGAGCAUUGCAUUGCCUUUUUCGCCGAGACAAUCACACUACCGACUGUCACAGACUUUAAAUCAACCGGUUAAACUGUGUAAGAAUAAAUGGCAGAUACACCUAUUUGAUGAGUUAUUGAGUUUGAUGAUGGUGAUGAAGUUAGACAGAGACUGGAUCACCAGAAACCAACUAUACUGGGAUUCUAUGGCAAUGCAAUGCGACGAGAAGACGCUCAUCGUAAGGUUUUCAACGUACGGCUGUGCUCACAGUUUUCCGAGAAGUGGUAUACUAUUGCGGUUAUCAACAUUAUACAGAACGAUAAUAUGGUCAAGACCAGGAACGUUAUCUGAUACCACGCCGUCUUGGUCAACGUUCCGUACACCACUGGCACGUUUUCGGGGUUGCCGUCGUCGUAUAGCGUGACAUCGUGACACCGACACACCGUGCGUAACAAGUGGUCGCUCAUUGUCUGGCGAAAAAUGUGCUUCCCUUCAUUGGCGAAAAUAUUAUUGGGUUCUCAGCACGGGAUUUCCAUAUCGCUGUCGGCAGCGGUAAUCUUGACCGGUGGAAUUUUAAUCACAAAUUUAGUGGAAUCGGUAAUUUUGGACCUGGCGCCGACGACUUUUUUGAGGGCGAUCAACAAGAACGAAUUGCGGCCAGCCAUUACGGCCGGACGUGACACAAUGUAUGCGCCGCUCACGUCCGCCUCGGUGAUGAAGAUGGCUAUGACGGCCAGCAAGCAACUCAAAGAUGCGUGUGAAUUCAUGAUGUCGAUAUUAUUAUAAAUUGUUAUUUAUGUAAUGGUGGCUGGAUGGACGUGGACCGGUCAAAGAAUCGCAAAGGCAAUGUCUAUUAUAAUAUUACCGUAUUUAAUGUGUUUGGUAUUGUUAUGUAUUUUUAAAUCAAAUCGAAUAAUUAUAUUAUUUAUAAUAUUUACUGUGCGGUCAAUGAUGCAGUUGAUACGGAAAAUUUAGAAAGAGAUUCUGAGAGAGCGUAAUUUUUCAGUAAAAUGCGCUGCGAUAACACACCUGAAUCAGUGACUGUAACGCAAAAUACUCUGACGGAUCCUGCGUCGUUUAAGGACUAUUUAUAACAUAUAUCUAGAACCGGCGGUCGGCCGUUUUUAACUACAAGGUUGCUAACCACGUACUGCCCUUAGAAACGCCGCCGCCGCUGCCACUGACGAUGAAGUUAUCCCUCCCCCCUCUGAUUCCCACCACGUCCAGGACAUUGAAUUAGUACCUUUUUACAAUAUUACAAAUAUGUAUUAUUAUUACAGAACAAAUUCAUAGAAAAUGUAUUAACUCUCCGUCGAAAUGUCUGUGAAAACCAAAUAUCUUUGAUACGAAUGACAUUCUGUUAUUUGUCCGAACAAUUAAUUAAUAAUUGAAAAUUGUGAGGUUUUAAUAAACUAUAUUUUAGAAUUGUACAAAUACUUGAUGAUCAUUGUAAAAAAAAUAUUGAGCCAUUGUACUGAACCGAAAUAAAGUAUUUUAAAUUAUUUACACGAUGACCUUCAACGAGUAUAUUAAUAUGACAGUCACUUAAGUGUACACCACAUUUGUUAAUUUUUUUUGGGGGAGGAAGGUGGAGAGGAAAUGUUCAUACUUUUUAACUACCUUUUACUCUUCAAAAAAAUGUUUGUUUAUAUUAUGGUAAAUUCUCAAUACAAAUACUGUACUAUUCUGAAUGUAUAAUACUAUAAUGUAACUACCUAAAUGUAGGUAUAAAUAUGUGCAAAUCGUUAAACGAAUAAUAAACUACAUAAUAUUUAAAUGUUCAUACUUUUUUACUA